CCUACCUACCACUCUGCUCUCUCCGUCUCGUGGUCCAAUUGUCACAUCGGUGCUGACCGUUUGCGUACGCCUUCUGUCGUCUCAGCUGCUAAAUUUUGACUCCUCAUAAAUUCCCAUACUCGAUUGCAAUAGUCGGAAUCGAAAAUCAGAGGAGGUAGAAGGAGCAUAUUGCCGCCAUGGAUUUGGAAGGCAAUCCGUCUCUUCUCGAAUUUCAUAUGCCCGCUGAGUGGGAACCGCAUUCUCAAUGUUGGAUGGGCUGGCCUGAACGGCCUGAUAAUUGGAGGGAUAAUGCAAUCCAUGGACAACGAGUAUUUGCUAAGGUGGCAUCUGCAAUCUCGAAGUUUGAAUCUGUGACUGUCUGUGCUACUGCCUCCCAGUGGGAGAAUGCCCGCAGUCAGCUACCAGCAAAUAUUAGGGUUGUUGAGCUAGGAAUGAAUGACUGCUGGUUCCGUGACACUGGGCCCACGUUUGUUGUAAGGAAAAGAAUGUCAAAUUCUGGUACGGCAGUGGAAUCUGUUGCAGGAAUUGAUUGGAACUUCAAUAGCUGGGGAGGUGUUGAGGAUGGUUGUUACGCUGAUUGGAGUCUUGAUCUUCAAGUUGCAAGGAAGAUCCUGGAUAUUGAGAGACUUCCUAGGUUUUUGAACACAAUUGUUCUUGAAGGUGGAUCCAUCCAUGUAGAUGGAGAAGGGACUUGUCUUACUACAGAGGAGUGUCUCUUGAAUAAAAACAGAAAUCCACAUCUGUCAAAGGGUCAGAUAGAGGAUAUACUGAAGGCAUAUCUUGGGGUGCAGAAGAUCAUUUGGCUGCCUCGUGGACUAUAUGGCGAUGAUGAUACAAAUGGUCAUAUCGAUAAUAUGUGUUGUUUUGUAAAGCCUGGAGUGGUUCUGUUAUCUUGGACUGAUGAUCAAACAGAUCCUCAGUAUGAACGGUCUACAGAGGCAUAUUCUGUUCUCUCAGAAGUUACUGAUGCCAAGGGUAGGAAAUUGGAAAUAAUAAAACUCCAUGUGCCAGGGCCACUUUAUUCGACAGAUGAAGAGGCGGCAGGAAUCGUUCAGGAUGGUGAUGCUAAGCCAAGACCUCCUGGUCUGAGACUGGCUGCCUCUUAUGUAAACUUCUACAUUGCUAACGGAGCAGUUAUUGCACCUCAAUUUGGGGAUAAGAAGUGGGAUGAUGAAGCUGUCCGUGUCCUAGCUGGAGCAUUUCCAAAUCAUGAAAUAGUUGGAGUCGAAGGUGCUAGAGAGAUCGUUUUGGGAGGUGGAAAUAUACACUGCAUUACUCAACAGCAACCGGCAAUAACUUCUACAUCUCCAUAACAAGUCUGAUUGGCAAAAUAAGAUGAACCAUUCGAUUUGAAUCAACAAAAUGCUGGCAUGAACGGUGAGUGGAAUAAUAGGUACAUGUACCUUGCAAUGGGGGGAUGAUCAUUUAUAUUUAUUUUAUUACAAAUUGGAAAAAAAUGGUGAUGGUCUGAUAGACAAGAGUGUCCAAGAUCCAGAACUUGAAGUUUUUAGGUGACGUGAUCUGAGAUUUGAGAAAGAUUCGAUUUGAUGUAAAAUCUAGUUGUAGUUAUAAACUAAAUAUCAGAUUAGUUUUCAAUUGAUUCGACCUAAUUUUAA